UCAGAAAGUGUCCACGUGUCCACUCAAUGGGCCCAGUACAAAUAUCUUACUGGCAUCUCUCUCUCCUUACUUUUUAGGACUCUGUUUUUUUUGCUCUGCUUUUGUUAUUCGUAUUCCUUUGUUAUCGUUCAUCUCUUCCACUAAUUAAAGAGCCAUGAAAAUUGCCAAGGGCAAGGGGGCAGCGAGGACGGAAAAGAAGGAAGUAUCACUCCCAGUUGAGGACAGGAAGAUUGGAAAGCGAAAGGCAGCACUAAAGGCUACCGAGAGUAGCAGCAAGAAACGAGCCGCGAAAGAAAAAAUCACCAAGAAGGACCCUGACAAACCCAAAAGGCCUCCGAGUUCUUUCUUUGUUUUUCUAGAAGAGUUCAGGAAGAUUUACAAACAAGAGCACCCCAAUAUGAAGGCUGUCUCAGCUGUGGGGAAAGCUGGAGGAGAGAAGUGGAAAUCCAUGUCUGCUGCAGAGAAAGCUCCAUAUGAAGCUAAAGCAGCAAAAAAGAAAUCAGAUUAUGGGAAGCUUAUGACAGCCUACAGCAAGAAACAGGAAACGGAUGAUGGUGGUGCAGACGAAGAAGACGAUUACAAACAUUCUCACAGGUCCAAAUCUGAAGUCGAUGGCCAAGAUGACAGUGACGAGAGUGUAGGGGAGGAUGAAGACGACGAGGACGAUGACUGAAGUUGGCAUGUGGGCUGACUUAGCCUAUGAUUGAUCCAGGCCAAAAAUCCUAGACUUAGUAAGUGAAGCUUUCAGGUUAUGUCUUGUCUAUGGUGGUGAUUUUCUGAAAUUUGCCGAAGUUUCUCUGUUCUUAUUGGUGCUGCUAAGUAGUCAUGUAAGAUUUACUCGUGGACCUACCACGCACUUAUCUGACUAUCUCAGUUGAAUCAUGAAUAGAUCCUGAGCGCAACAUACAUUUUGCUUUGGUAUGCUACCUGCAAAUUCAGUAUUGCCUGGUGUAGAAAAGCGAUGAAUAGAAUUUCUGUUUGUAA